UCCGCCAUGAUCGCCAGACAGCAGUGUGUCCGGGGCGGGUCCCGGGGCUUUAGCUGUGGCUCAGCCAUCGUUGGUGGGGGCAAGAGGGUUGCCUUCAGCUCUGGUUCCAUGUCUGGGGGUGCAGGCCGCUGUUCCUCUGGGGGCUUUGGCAGCAGGAGCCUCUACAACCUUGGAGGCCACAAGAGCAUCUCUCUCAGUGUGGCUGGGUCCCGCCAAGGUGCUGGCUUUGGGGGAGCUGGGGGCUUUGGUGCUGGGGGCUUUGGGGGAGCUGGGGGCUUUGGUGCUGGAGGCUUUGGUGCUGGGGGCUUUGGUGGUGGGUUUGGAGGUUUGGGUGGUUCUGGCUUCCCUGUCUGCCCUGCUGGGGGGAUUCAGGAGGUCACCAUCAACCAGAGCCUGCUCACCCCCCUCCACGUGGAGAUAGACCCUGAGAUCCAGAAAGUGCGCACCCAGGAGCGCGAGCAGAUCAAGACCCUCAACAACAAGUUUGCUUCCUUCAUCGAUAAGGUGCGGUUCUUAGAGCAACAGAAUAAGGUCCUGGUGACCAAAUGGAACCUCCUCCAGCAGCAGACGACCACCACAUCCAGCAAAAACCUUGAGCCCUUCUUUGAGACAUACAUCAACGCCCUCAGGAAGCAGCUGGAUACCUUGGCCAAUGACAAAGGGCGCCUGCAGUCAGAGCUGAAGACCAUGCAGGACAGUGUGGAGGACUUCAAGACCAAGUAUGAAGAUGAGAUCAACAAACGCACAGCGGCAGAGAAUGACUUCGUGGUCCUCAAGAAGGAUGUGGAUGCUGCCUACAUGACCAAGGUGGAGCUGGAGGCCAAGGUGGACGGCCUGAAUGAUGAGAUCAACUUCCUGAGGGUCCUCUACGAUGCGGAGCUGUCCCAGAUGCAGAGCCAUGUCAGCGACACUUCUGUGGUCCUGUCCAUGGACAACAACCGCAACCUGGACCUGGACAGCAUCAUUGCUGAGGUCCGUGCCCAGUACGAGGACAUCGCCCAGAGGAGCAAGGCUGAGGCAGAGGCCCUGUACCAGACUAAGGUCCAGCAGCUCCAGAACUCAGUUGACCAACAUGGUGACAACCUGAAGAACACCAAGAACGAGAUCUCAGAGCUCAACAGGAUGAUCCAGAGGCUGCGGGCGGAGAUUGAGAACAUCAAGAAGCAGUGCCAGACUCUGCAGGCGUCUGUGGCUGACGCGGAACAGCGCGGGGAGCUGGCGCUCAAAGAUGCCCACACCAAGCGCACAGAGCUGGAGGCAGCUCUGCAGAAGGCCAAGGAGGAGCUGGCCCGGAUGCUGCGCGAGUACCAGGAGCUCAUGAGUGUGAAGCUGGCCCUGGACAUCGAGAUCGCCACCUACCGCAAGCUACUGGAAGGCGAGGAGUGCAGGAUGUCUGGAGAAUGCCAGAGUGCCGUGAGCAUCUCGGUGGUCGGUGGUGGCUCCAGUGUUGGAGGUAUCAGUGGAGGAUUCGGCGGAAGCUGCUCUGGAUUUAGUCUGGGUAGUGGUUGUGGUUUUGGCUCCGGCUCCGGAAGUGGCUUUGGGUUUGGCGGCGGUGUCUGCGGCAGUUCUGGCAGCAAGAUCAUCUCUACCACCACCCUGAGCAAGAAGUUCUGAUAGAGAAGAUGAGGUCCUUGUGGGCAACCAAAUGCCACCUGGCCCAGGCCUGGGGUCUCUGUGCUUCCUUUAUUUCGUCUCUACCUUCCCUUCUGGUGCUCAUCCUGAUGCUGACACCUCUACUCGCCCCUGGGAUUUCUGCUCCAGGACGAUCUCAUCUGGAAUGUGGACUCUGACCUCUUGGAGUUUGGUAGCUUCUUUUUGACUUGGAUCUGGUGACCCACCUCCAGUGGAGGGGGUCUCAGCUUUCACCUCCCAUGGACAGAGGAGAAAAUGACCAGGAGCUCCCUUUCCAGAAUUGUCAGGGCCAUACAUUUCUUCCCAGCUCAAUGCUGGAUUCCAUCUACAAGAGAACCAAACCCACUUUCCAUCACCUGUGCAUGGACCAGGAACUGCUCCGUGUCCCAUUCAACUCUUCUCAUUCUUAAUUA